AUGCAGAAUACGGCAGAUGUCCGAGCUGUGAAAGCCGACAAAGAGGAGCAGACAAAGGUGCGUUUGGAUGACUGCAAAAGAGUCUGGGCCACGAGGACCCGAGUGUUGGCGGCCAAACAUGGUAACAUGUUGGAGUACCGGCGCAGGGAGGUUGAUCUGCGCGAGCAUCAGCUGAAAGCAGAUCUUCGAGAGCUUCGCGACCGGCGUGGCGAGGAGCUCGAGAGCAAGCGAGCAGCCGUCCUGGAGCAGAAAGGUCGUUUCGAGAACGGCCCAGGCGGCCUUCAUGCGGCGAUCGCGUCGCCAAGAAGCAGAGCCGCUGACACCGUCCGGGUUGGAAUGAUGGAGGCAGUCGAGCUGAUGGCAACACACGGCAAGCUUGCGACUGCGACCCUCUCAUCAGGUACCGAGUCCACGAGAGCCAGUGCCAUGGGAAGCACGUUCCAGGACUUACGAAGUCUCGCCGAUGUCACCUGGACGGAUUCUGCAAGCUCUGGAGCUGUUGCCUCGAGGAUGGCCUCCACGAUGUUGUCUGUGCAGGCCAGAAAGAGGCACCUCGACGACGAGAGGCAACCCAUGGCAGUUACCGAUGGCUGGCAAUCCGACAGAGCGGCGGUGCGGCCUCCGCCCUGGCCACGGCCAGAGCCAGGACCGCCACGGCGACCGCUCAGGCUGGCCGGCUUGUCGAGCUGGCGAGCGCCAAGCGACAGGUUCCACUGA